GAUUGACUGUUAUGUUAAGAACCUCACAUGCACGACUGCUUCCUUCUCUGUUUAGUAAAACAAAAUCCUCUUACCUGCUCAUUGUUCUCCUGGUUCCUGCAUCUUGGGGUCACAAAUACCGUAGCCAUAGGGGCGAGUGCCGAAAUAUUCACAAUAAUGGACUUGAUAAUACGAAGGAUUUCAGGUUACAUGCUCGCCUGGAGGCCUACUGGUCUUAACGGCUCCUCUCCUGACCAGCAGCACUGAAGUACCUGAAGAAACACUUGCUGCUCUUUUGCUCCGCUGCAAAGUUGCACACAAAUGUGUCAGUGCAGCAUGAAGAACAUCUUUGCCUUGGGGCCAAAAUGACUUGGAGAGCUGCAGACGAGCACUAAAACAUUUCAUGGGAAAGAAGUCAGGCAAAGUGGAGCAGACGCAUGAGGAGUGGAAACUGAACUGACACUGAUACUUUGAAAAAAGAGACAAGCAUUGCAGGAAGCUGAGAAUGGGAACUUCAGGUUGUGAGCACAUGAUCUCCACAGUACGGGACACUAGCCUGGCCUGGUUAGAGGAGACGGAGGAUAUAAAACCUCACCGUAGUUUGUUGCUGCUGACAAAUUUCAGCUUGCCAGGAGUCUACCCUUCCUGCCAUAACAGACUAUCUGGUGACGUACCGAGGACGACAGAAGCCCACGCGCCCCCUGCACCCACACCGGGGACUCCAGAGGCCAGCUCAUCUAUGCUCAACCCAGGUCAGAACACUGCCCCUGUGGUGGAGGACGAAGCGGAGGAGCACUGUCUGGAGCAGGUCCAGUCUAUGGUGGUGGGCGAGGUGCUGAGUGACGUCAACGAGGCUUGCAAGCUGCUCAACAUUGCACCAGACCCUCUAGACUGGAGCUGCAUGCACGUUUACAAGUGGCUGCUGUGGACCGAGCACCUGUACAAACUGCCACAGAUCAGCCUGCUCUUCAAUGAGCUGAACGGGAGGGAGCUGUGCUCUCUGACAGAGGCCGACUUCAGACAACGCUCCUCACAGUAUGGAGACAUGCUCUAUGCUCAUCUUGACAUCUGGAGAUCAGCUGCAGCAAUGAAGGAGCAGUGUCCACCAGAAGCAGAGUUUGCAAAUGACAACUCGUGGUGCAACUACCAUAGUCAGCCCAUCCACUUGUGGCAGUUCCUCCGAGACCUGCUCCUCAAGCCACAUAACUACAGCCGCUGUAUCCGCUGGCUCAACAAAGAGAAAGGAAUUUUCAAAAUUGAAGACUCUGCGUAUGUGGCCAGGCUAUGGGGCCUCAGGAAAAACCGUCCAGCAAUGAACUACGAUAAACUGAGUCGCUCUAUACGUCAGUACUACAAGAAGGGCAUCAUUCGAAAACCUGAAGUGUCCCGCAGACUGGUCUACCAGUUUGUUAACCCAGUAUGAGCAAGAAUGACUUGGCCUGUCAGACACCAACAUGCUGAAGGCUGAAAAUGAAGAUGUGUGGACAUACGCCGAGGAAACUGACAAACACGGAAGCUCCCUCAUGUAUUUGCUCUUUUAUUUCAAUUGUUAAGCCUGCCUAAUGAAAUGUGCACUUCUGCCUAAUAUAAUCUCUGGUAAAAGAUGAA